AUGUGUUACGUGGGUAAAGCAACUAAGAUCUUCAUCUUCAUUGUAACUGUUUUGGUGGUUCUUGGUCUAGUUCUUGGCUUUGGAUUUAUGCGCCACGGCCUCCAAAAAUCCCACAAGUGCUCCGGCAACUCCUGUUUUUCUCCUCCGGCCGUCUUUUCCAACCCCAAUUCCGCCACUCCCGGCGCCUCCCCCAUCUCCGCCUCCAAUCAGCCGCAGAACCCACCAAACCCAUCGUAUUCAAAUCCAAACCCACCACCGCAAAAUUCGAUUCCUGCUUUUCCGCCUCCGUCUGACGCUACUCCGGCUUCCCCACCUCCCCCUGACGCUACUCCGGCUUCUCAACCUCCGCCUGACGUUAUUCCAACUUCUCCACCUCCGCCUGACACUAUUCCGAUUUCCCCACCUCCACCUGAUACCAUCCAAAAUCCCUUACCGCCGCCGCCGCCGGCAUCUCAAUCUACAUCUCCUCCAGAAACCCAAGCUGCUUCGCCGUUAACUCCGCCCAGUACGACACUGGUGAGUCCGGGACCAAUGCAUGCUAAGCUGCAGUCCUCGAUUCGUAAGACCAAUAAGAAGUUCUGA